AUGGCUAAUGAAUUGCGUGACUUGGUGAAACAAGAACGAAACAUCUUGAAGACGUUUGAUUCAGUGAAAUUGUUUGUUGAAGGAUUCGAUGUUGAAGUGCAUAGUGUGCAAGUGGAUAUUCGGUUGGAGCGACUGGAAAUUGCCUUCAAGGAAUUCCACAACGUCCGUAGGAAGAUCGAACUACUGACGGAUGAUGUUGACGACGAUGAAGAAGAUGUUGCAAUGGAUCCCAAGAAAGAUGCAGAAAAUGCGAGGAUUAUCAUGGAUGCUGAAGACAAGUACUGUACCCUCAAGGCCAUUCUGAUGAGUCUUCGACCGAAGCUGGUAGAUCCUACGGCUAACACUCAACCAGUCGCGCACGGUGCCGGUGCAGGAUUAUCACGUGUUAAGCUUCCCGAGAUUCGCUUGCCAACCUUUAGUGGACCGCUCAAGGAAUGGGUAACGUUCCGAGAUACAUUCCGUAGCUUGAUCCAUAAUAAUCCACAGCUAACGGAUAUGGACAAGUUUACGUACCUUCGAUCGUCGUUGAAUGGAGAAGCGUUACAGGAAAUCAACUCGGUGGAAAUGUCUGACGUAAAUUACGCAAUUGCCUGGGAAACGCUGGAGAAACGGUACGAAAACAAAAAGCUGAUCGUCAAGGCCCAUCUCGAUGCACUUUUUGCUGUGGAGCCAACCAGGAGGGAGAGUUACGAGUCGCUUAAUCGUCUUAUCAGCGAAUUCGACAAAAACCUGCUGAUGUUGGAGAAGGUAGGAGAAAAGACCAAUGACUGGAGCACCAUUCUGGUUCACAUGGUGUGUUCUCGUUUGGACUCAGCAACGCUUCGGAACUGGGAAGCACAUCAUAAUUCGAAGGAGGUGCCGAAGUAUGAAAACCUCAUCCACUUCCUACGAGAUCAUUGCUCCAUGUUGCAGUCAGUCGCUCCUGCCAAAUCUACGCCGAUACCAGAGAAACGAUCGAAGCCGUCCGUCAGCAACUCAGCAGUCAAGUCAUCGAACAAGUGUCCGUUUUGUGGGGACGGAUUUCAUUCCGCUUUUCGCUGCGUGAAAUUUUUGAAGCUGAAGGUACAUGAACGCAGUGAUGCUGUGAAAAGAGGCAGACUCUGCUUGAACUGUCUAUCGCCAGGACAUCAGGCACGAUUUUGCAGCAAGGGCGUGUGCCACCACUGUAAUCAGAAGCAUCACUCCCUGUUGCACCCAGAAUCACAGCAGUCAAGCGCUAUUAGAAAUACAUCCUCCGUCCCACAAGAGCAAAGUAGACCUCCAGCUGGUAAUCAGCAACAACCACAGACACAAAUACCAAACCAGAACCAACAAACACACGCUCACAGCGCUCACCAGUCUACAAGUUCUCUUCCCGUAUUACACUCGCAUAACACUGUACCACUGUCCACCACAAACCAACCAUGCACAACCCAGAACACUAUCGCGCUUCCAACCAAUACACUAUCCACACAAGAUAUUCUACUGUCCACCGCCAUUGUGUGUGUUAAGGAUAGUUACGGUAACUCACGACUAGCUCGAGCGUUACUAGAUUCGUGCUCCCAAUUCUGCUUCAUGACGACAAACUUCUCCAGUAAACUGAAGCUUCGAGCUUCACCUGAACACCUAUCAGUCCAAGGAAUCGGUGGUUCAGUCGUCGUAGCGCGGAAGGUAGUUAAGGCAGCUGUUCUACCUCGCUCUCAGGAAAUAUCAUCGUACCGUGAGGAGAUGAAUUUCUACGUUUUGCCGGAGUUAACGGCAACCUUGCCUGCACGAAGAAUCAACGUGAACCACUGGACGCUCCCGACUAACAUCAGCUUCGCGGAUCCCCAGUUCCACGAACCUGGUUGCAUCGAUCUGAUAAUCGGAGCAGAACACUACUUCAAUCUGCUCUCUGACGGUCGUGAGAAGGUUGGAGAUGAAGGCCCUACACUGCAAAAUACAGUCUUUGGAUGGGUGGUUUCCGGUCGAGCAGCCGAUCAACCAGGCACGAUGCAUCGCACAUUGUCGUAUUCGUGCACACUUGCAAACCUGCAAGAACAGUUGACGAAGUUCUGGGAGAUAGAAACCUGUCGUUCCAGUAGUAGUCAAUCGGUAGAGGAGACGGCGUGUGAAGUAUUCUUCGAUCAAACAACCACUCGUGAUGAUGCAGGCAGAUUUAUCGUCGCACUUCCUAAGCGUGAAUUCAUCAUCAAUCAGCUCGGCGAGUCCAGAAACAUAGCGACAAGGAGAUUUUUGGGCUUGGAGAGGCGGUUCCAGUUGAAGGCAGCGUACGCAGAUUUCAUCCACGAGUACGAGCGACUUGGUCACAUGGUGCAAGUUCCGGACGUCGAAGAUCAGUUUCCCGUGUACUAUCUUCCCCACCAUGCAGUUUUCAAACUGGAUAGUACAACAACGAAGCUACGUGUCGUUUUCGACGCGUCCUGUAAGUCCAGCAGCGGUGUAUCGCUCAACGAUGCGCUAAUGGUUGGACCUGUAGUUCAGGAGGAUUUGAUCGCCAUCACACUCCGAUUCCGUUUGUUCCGCAUUGCCAUUGUAGCGGAUGUGGAAAAAAUGUAUCGGAUGAUACACAUCUAUCUACUCGACCGAUGCCUACAGCGGAUCGUCUACCGAGAUUCCCCUGACGAACCGAUCCGAACGUACGAGUUAGCAACUGUCACUUACGGGACUGCAUCUGCACCAUACUUGGCGACAAAGUGCUUACAGCGACUGGCAGAAGAAGGAGCUCUCGCUUAUCCUCGCGCAGCUAAGGUGUUGAAGGAAGAUUUUUACGUCGAUGACAUGCUGACUGGAGCGGACAACGUCGACGAAGCGAAGCAGCUGGCAAAGGAAAUGAUCACGCUAACUUCAUCAGGUGGAUUCAACCUGCGAAAGUGGAACUCCAACUGCAAGGAAUUUGGGAAAACGAAGCAGUGCUCACAAAACGCGUCGUUCUCGCAGAAGCAGCUCGCCUGUUUGACCCGUUAG